CCAAUUCUUUGCCAAUCCCUCAGUGUGGGUACGAGUCAUAGUAUGAGGCCAUCAUCAUCAUCAUCAUCAUCAGCUUGUGGCCGACUUGGCUUCGCAGUCCGCUGAGCGACAGCCGUACGGCGGCGGGGCUGGCCUCCGGUCCUCCUGGUAGCCGGGUACCAUCAUGUUAGGCUGGGGCAAGCGGCCUACCGCCGCUUCGGCACUCGACGUUAGCGUCAGUGGGUCGUCCUCGCCUUCAAAAAAAGACGGCAGGAGUACCAGGGAGGAGAACCAGGAGGUGUCGCUAGUGGGCAAAGUGCAGAACUCGGACUCGGCCGUCGUCGUUGUUCUCGGGGGCAUCAACCUCCAGGAACCGGACGACGUCUCGGCCGGAAAGUCGACGUACGUGUUCAAGCCCCAGCUGAACCAAUGGCUCACCUUUCAACCUCUGCCCGAGCCGCGACACUACCACGCCGUUGUGUAUUACGCCGGCUGCAUCUACGUGUUCGGCGGCUACAGUCCCGCCGACGUGAGCAAAGGGGAGGCCCGCGCCCAGCGCUCGGUGUUCAAGUUCCACGUGCGUGAGAAGCGAUGGGACAAGGCGGCCGACAUGCUGCACCCCAGGGCCUGCCACGGGGCCGCCGUGGUCCACGAGAAGAUCAUGGUCGUCGGUGGCAAGGACGACAAGGGAGAGAUCCUGAACUCGGUGGAGUUGUACAACCCGGCGUCGGACAGUUGGGUUCCGUACCGCAGCCUCCCACUGCCCAUCAUGGGUUGCGGUGUGGGCUACUUGGCCGGCUUGGUGUACGUGGUCGGAGGGGUGACCACCAAAAGACAGGUAUUCGCCGGCAUGGUGCCCGCCGAGGUGUUGUCCACCGUGCACACUACGGACCCUAACGAGCGCACCUGGCUACGCCGCCCCAGCCUUCCGGAGCCCCGUGCCUACUGCACCGCUCUCACCAUCCACCACGAACUGUGGCUGGCGGGCGGCCUCAAACCCUCGGGUCGCGACCCCGCGGGCUUCACCAACGUGGUCGACGUGCUCGCGUUCGACUCCCUCCGCGGUCGAUGGGAAUUUCGCUUCAAGUUGUCCCGUCCGCGGCACGCCGUGGCCGCUGCAAACGCCGACGACCGCGUCUACGUUGUCGGAGGGAUGACCUGCCUGGAUGGCACGUCCGUGGAGGACGUGGACGUGUACCACAGGCAGCGGCUCGGUUUUCUCGACUGCCAGUGUCUGCCCAAGAAGCUCACAGGACUGGCGGCAGUAACAGUACCACCAGAAUCAACGGAAGGGUCUGGGCCGAAGAGCGGCGCAAGCUCAAGGGCACCUUCAUCGCUGAAACUCGACCAAGGCGACCAGGACAAGCGGCGGAGGCCGCACAAGCCACCUAAAAGUUUGUACGCAGACAAGGACCGAUCAACCGAGGAGAUUGAGGUACCUCCCGAAGUGCGCAAGAAAUCUACGCCUCAUCCCAGACCCAGGACGGACGCUGGCGACGUCGAUGACAAUGCAGAGGGUGGUCACUGGCCUCCCAGCCGCUUGGCCGUCGACUCGAGCACCUUCCUCGGAGUGGAGGCGUGGAAGCUUCGCACUCCGCUGAGCCGACCCAGUCUGCCGCGCUUCUACCACUACGUCCCCGCCGCACCCACGAAUGACCCGCACCACGGCAUCACGGUUCGCGUCGACGACGACUUCAAGCGCACCAAAGAGAUGCUGGGACUGCGUGAUGCCAGCGGACUGCCGGCAUUCGCCCGGAAGCUGAGAAGGGUCAAGAAGGUGCAGGACGACACGCUUCCGGUCAUUCUCACCUUCGGCGGCCUCGACCCGAGAGAUCCGCUCAACUACGCCAACGGACGCGUGGUCCUGCACUACCACGUGCUCAAGAACCGCUGGGACCUGUGCGGGAUGAUGCCCGAGCCGCGCAGCUAUCACGCCGCCGUGCUCAUCGGGAAGGUCGUCUACGUCACCGGUGGGUUCGAUCCAGAGACUCGCAAGUCCGGAGAGCUGGUGGCCUGCAAGACCACGUUCGCCUACGACAUCGACGCCAUGGAGUGGAGCCGGAAGGCUGACAUGAAGAUGGGCCGCGCGGCGCACGGCGCUGCGUGCUUCCAGGACAAGCUUUACGUCUUCGGUGGCAGGGGUCGCUUCGGACGGGCCGUGGCAUCGACCGAGGAGUACGACCCGGCGUCGGACACGUGGCGAGAGGGCACGCCUCUCGAUGUUCCCCGCAUGGCCGUUGGGUGCGCCACGGUCGGCGACGUCAUCUACGUGGUCGGCGGCAUGGUACCGGAGUCGGACGAAUUGUACCGCGCCGUGGACAGGGUCGACAUUUACGACCCGAAGACGCACACGUGGUCCGAGGGCCAUUCGCUGCCCAAGCCUCGCGCGUUUCCCGCAGUGGCUUCGUUGGGCGAGAAGCUGUGGCUGGUGGGCGGCUGCUACGACAACUCGGAGCCCGGACUGUCGCUGGUCAGCCUGCGUGACGUGGACGUGCUGGAGCCGAGCGGAUGGGUGCACGUGGGCUGCACGGUGCACUCGAGACACGCCGCCGCUGUCGCUGUGGCCGACACCAACAUCUACGUCAUCGGCGGCACGAGCAGCGUGCUAAACGGGCCCAUCAAGCGACCGGAAGUGUAUCUGCAGCUGAACGACAGCUACAAGUUUCCUGCCGAGUACCCGGAAGCCAUGACGGGCAUUUCCGCUGUAUGCGUGCCUCCAGCGACGCACACUUUCCGGAGCCAGUCCCUGACGUGCAUGAUCACGGACACGCUGGCUGAAUAAUGGCGCCGCUGUUUCAUGUUCGAGCCUUGAGGCACUAGCGCUGUUGCGUCACCAUUACACGUCAUCAAACGAUCACGCGACCCUCCCUCGUAGAAAAUUUAGCUGCGCCGCGAUAUGCAUUCAGUCGUGGUGAAGUUAACCAUGCGAAUACAAAUAUAAUAUACAUUUAUUGCAUUUUUUAUGUACGUGAAUGUAAUUUACAUGCCCACUAGGCCUGUACGUGCCUGCACGGGUAGCAAGCGACCUUCCGUAUCUCUUUAAGCGGCCCUAUUAGUUUUACAUAUGAUUGCCUGAAUGUGUCUG